AAAGUAUUAAAUAAUAUUAUUAAUGGUCUUAAAGAAAUUCAUCAGAAAAAGAAAGUUCAUCAUGAUUUUCAUACAGGAAAUAUAUUAUUUCUUUUUAGUAGCACUAGUGAUAUUAGUGAUUAUACACGUAUUUCAGAUAUGGGAUUAUGUGGAGAAGUUGACAAUAUUGACGAAGAAAAAAUAUAUGGAGUUAUGCCUUAUGUAGCUCCUGAAGUAUUAAGAGGAAAUCUUUAUACUCAAGCAACGGACAUUUAUAGCUUUGGAAUGGUGAUGCAUUUUAUAGCAACCGGAAGACAACCUUUUGCUGAU